AUGCCCUCUUCUACCACUGCUCUGCCGAUGGCGACAUGUCUGGUGUUUUACCUUCCAUGCAUGCAAUCCGCAGAUGCAGGGUACGAGCCUCACCCGAUGCUCGUCCUCAAGUACAGCAAAACGGCUGCUCAAGCUGUCGUCUUCGCCGCCUCUAUUUCUCUUCCUAAAGAACGACGCAUCUCUCUGGCGCAGGCGGCGACGCAUUCGCGCGAUGUGGAGAUAUCGCUGUCCGCCGCUAUUUCAUCCCUGCACGUCGAUCGAAAUGCCGUUGCCGUCGAGUUGGCAAAAAUCUUAGCCCUCUUGUCUCCCGUGGACCGCGUGCCCGCCGAGAUACUAUCCUGCAUACUUGAGAUGGUCGUAUACACGUGCAGGUCUAGGCUCGAGAGCGGCGUUGCGGUGGCGAACCUCCGGAGUGUGUCCGCGUUCUGGGUAGACGUCGUUGACGGGACUCCACGUCUGUGGACAGCGGUCUUCACGGCUUCCCGGGUACGGUGCCAAUCUCAUGUAGACCUCGAUGUGCGCCUCUCGCGGUCAGACCCAAUAGCGGUUGAGCUCUCUGGGUUAGGCGCAGACGACAUCGCGGAGUCUGCUUUUCGCCAUCUCCUCGGGUCUGGUGAGAGGUGGCGCACUGUUGUCCUCCGUGCGUCUUGGACAUACUUUACCACCAUCACCUACUCGCAUCAUCUCCCGCAGCUUACGAGCGCGAUACUAUACCUAGAAGGCGACGCAGCGAGGGGAGCGCUACGUUGGCUCGGGCGAGCAGACGUCCUCAACACUUUGACCUUGAUAUGCGAUACGUCACGGAUGUCUGGAUCAUUCACGUUAGACGUGCCCGCCUGGCCUCGCUUGUCGUCCUUAACGCUGUGCGGUCUACGCGACGGGACCAUUCGCUUCCUCGCCUCUCUCAUCAAGCAAUGCUCGUCAGUCGAGCAUCUUCGCGUAGACGCGCUAGUUGACCCCGUCGACGAGGACGUCACGGUCGAGAACGUGAGCGUCAUUAGCAUGCCGGCACUGCGUACCUUGAAGCUCGACAACCACACGAGCUUUGUGUUAGCAGUUGUCUAUGCGCCACGUCUUCAGCAACUGACUCUCAACGACAUGGAUGACUAUCGGUUCGCCAUCGUCGACUUACAGGCCAUGUUGAAUCGCCCGGGGGCUCCGCCCAGGCUGGAGGAGCUCAGGAUCGCUCGCGUCGACUCUGGUCUGCCAUAUACCUCAGAUGCACUACUGCAAUGCUUGAGCAGACUCCAGUGGCUCAAAGUACUCGACAUCGACGACUUUAGCAUGUACACGCAGUCCUUCGGCUGUCCGUUCCUGUUCGAUUCAUUGACUUUCCGCUGGGGUUCCCCUGUCAUUAUGCCCGCGCUGUCGGUCUUUUACUACAGGCCGUCCCCGAGCGGUAUGUCGGUGGACAUGGCAGAUGCGUUUCGCAGAUUCGUAGCCUCCAGACGGUGGCCACGCGCGGCCGGGAGUGUGGUCGCUCACGCCGUCACGGUAUCUGAGAGAUUGUGGCACCAAUGUGGGAGCCGCACGGACUCGACGACGCUCCGGUUCAGGAAGCUGUCCGUUACGCUGGUUGCGUUGCAGUCCCACGUCUUUGAGGAAGGGGCGAAAGAGCGAGGCCCAGUCCAAUUCCCAUCCAUUGCUUCGGAUCCGGCGAUCGGUAAUGUAGAUCUCGGGGUCAACGACAACUUCUAUACGACAGAUCCUUCUCUAGAGAUUGGUUCGACUAUGGCAGCAUCCAAUCCCAUUCAAGAGGUCACUGAGGGGACCGCGAUCCUUCAUAUGCAGGGCAGCCUGGACGACAAUUCUAAACUGGUCGACGGCUCGCCAGUUGACCACCCUGCAUCUUCCGACGGUACAGGGCAGGGUACGAACGUGGAGCGAUCGGGCGAGGACAUCGAUGCGAGUUCGCACGUCCAGCAUACGGGGAAUUCGAUCGCCGCCACCGUCUUCGAUGAUGCCGCGGCGCGCUCUUUUAUGAACAGCGUGCAUGUCGAUAAAGAAUCCGAGCGGUAUAAAGCGUUUAGGGGCGAUACCGUCUACGGAUGGGCGCACGUUUCCGAUUGGGCCUACGCCCACGGCUGCUACGACAACUGGUAUAAAAUUACAGAGGACUACUCUAUAACGCACGUCGGCAAAUUUGAACCUGAAGCCUACAGAGAGUAUCCGAAGAUCGAUACUACCCUAGAGUCCAUGGCUCCCGCCGUUGACGAUAUGAAGCGUGUCUGCGUCGCCCUCGGGUUCGCUGAAGGCUACGACAUCGUGAACCCUUCCCGAGUCGACCCUCAUCAGUUUAUAUUCGGACGCCAUCCGGACAAUUAUCAGGACACCAAGGACACCCUCAUGAGCCAGCGCGACACCACCAGGCCCGUCUUUUGCGUCACGACUGGCAUUCUACGCAGGGAGUUCCUGUCUCUCGAUGGAGAGCUGCCGUAUACGAACGCGAAGAAGGCGCGUCGUGGAGUGGCCAUAGCUCCGUUCGAAUCCGAGAUCAACCGCGCGUUUGCUUUCUUCAACCUCGCCGCCAAGAUGCCCUCUGAUGAAUCGUUCGGUUUCCCCUGUGCGGAGCAUGGCACCAUCCUCAUCACGACGAAACCGUCCAGCACUGCUGCAAGGUCAAGCUCAGGUCCGAACGUCAUCCGCAAGCAGUCAGGGACGACUAACAAGAGGUUUGGUGUCCCUGAGUUCACCGACGCCAUCCCGGUUCUCGACGGACGCGACUCGUCUCCUUGGUCCACGUCCCUUACCUUCGCCAACAUCAAGGCCAUGAAGACGUAUGACUGCGAUCUCGUGGAGAACCAGCUGGUCACUGCCGUGUACACAGUCUCGUCGUGGGUCGCCGGUCAGAAGGAGCCCAACCUCUCUUUCAACCUCAACGCAGUCAUUGUGUUAUCCGACCCGAUCUACGUCCUUCGUGCUCGCGCAGUGUCCGCCCUGCCCGUCGCACCGAAGAUGGAGAUGCCGACGACGCCCACGAAGCCAGCUAGAAGCGGGAAGGUAUCGUUGAAGGGUAGCGGGCAGGAUGAUAUCAGCAAGCGUGCCGCGUCAGACGACGCUGAGGGAGAGAGCCCGUCCAAGAAGACUAAGUAUGUUGCUUAG